UAUAACCAGACGUUCACCAAAGCCUCGCCUCAUUAUUCUCUCGAGUGGGUUUUCUCCUGUGUUCUCGAUUCAAAGAAGAAAUCAUUUCAUUCCUCUCGAGUUUUUUUUUCCCUUUUUUCCGAUAUAUUUUUUUCGGUCCAUGAAGAUGAAGCUGGCCUUAGUGGUCGUACUGGCUCUUGCCUGUUGUGUUCAUGCUGCUAUUAAGGACGCAAGGCCCCAUAGCAAUCGGCCUGGACGAUUUUUGUCUUUGCCUGUUGCCCAAAAAUGCGCAAAUCGGCCAAAGGAAUUCAAUUUCAAAGGACACAACUACUUCCUGAGUAGCCAUGUACCUGCUCAUGCGAACGCUAAAGUUGACUGGUUAGACGCCCGAAACAUCUGCAGGGAGUACUGCAUGGACCUGGUGUCGCUCGAGACACAGGAGGAGAAUAACAUGAUCUUCAGGCUCAUUCAACAAAAUGACGUACCCUACAUCUGGACCUCAGGUCGUCUCUGUGACUUCAAGGGCUGCGAAAAUCGUCGUGAUCUCGAGCCAAAGUCUUUGUACGGAUGGUUCUGGUCGGCAAAUCGCGAAAAGAUGGCACCUACCAACCAGAGUCCAGCAGGAUGGGGCUACAACCCAUGGUCCCAGACUGGGCACAAGAAGGCACGUCAACCUGACAAUGCAGAAUUCGACAUCAAUGGGACUACUGAAUCCUGUCUGUCUGUACUCAAUAAUGUUUAUAACGAUGGUAUUGCAUGGCAUGAUGUCGCUUGCUACCAUGAAAAACCAUUCGUUUGCGAAGACUCGCAAGAAUUACUCGCUUAUAUCGCAAACACCAAUCGUGGAAUUCGUUUGUAAUUUUUUUUUUCGUGAGAAAAAAAAAUUUGCUGAGGAGAAUUCCCCUUUUUCGAGUGAAAAGUGAGUUUUUUGAGCCAACAAUUUUUUUUCAUCGCCUGAGAAUUCAUUUUCAAUUAAAAAAUGAAUUUUUCAUGCAUAAAAAUUAGUUUUCCCCUUGAAAAUUCAUCUCUUCCACUGGAAAAACAUAAUUUUCAUAAAAUAUUAUAUAAAUUUUAUAGAUUAUAUCAAACCUACAAAUGACUAUUUUUUAAAUAAAUUAAUCACAAUUUUUGAUAUCUCAAUCGUUAUUAAAAGUUGAAAAAAAACAGAAA